ACGGAGCCCACGGUGUGGCAGGUGCUGGGGUGAAUGCAGCGAUAAGCGCAUUUUGAGGAAAGACGACCAGGAGGGCGGGGAACUGAAGCCGAGAGGAGAGAGGAUGGAGAGGGAGUGAGACCCGGAUGCUGAUGCGAGCGGGGCGAAGGAAGGGAAGAGGGGAGCGAAAAAUAUCGAUUUACGGCAAGAAAACGGACCAUCAUCCAAAGGGGGGGCCCUUCCGCUGGCGUGAACCAGGAUCGGAAUCGAGGCAGAACCUAAGCUGGUCUGUGCCGUGUUUUUUUUUCCACCUGUGUGUGUGUGUGUAUCCGCCCAUGGAGGACACGCAGAAGGAGAGGAGAGAGGGGGAAGAAGAUGCUGUGAUCCGCCACUUGCAGUGAUGUAGGGAGGCAGAGGCAGAGCUGAGGCAGGGGACGGGGGAGGACUACGCUUCGCCAAUAAAAACCCUAACGAACAGGACACACAUUUAUACAUUUAAAAAAAAAAAAAGAAAAAAAAGAUGGUGGUCCGGCGAGGACUGCGCGUUUCACCGCGAACGACCGAGAGGAUGUGGCAGCCGCGCGAUAAAAGUGACCGUUUGGCGACGCCGGGAAACUUCACGCGGGGUCGGUGUUUGUGACAGGCGCGAGACACGGCCGUUGAAGCUAAAGCUAGCCGCGGAUAGCAUGUUGUUGCACCUGGAAAAACAGGCCUGACAGAGACGAGGAGGAGACGGGCAGAAAACGGCAAUUAUUACGUUUUCACGGCUAACAUCUACGCGCACGCAUCGGACAUUUCGCCCGUUUUGCGCGAACGGAACAUGACAUAAGUGAAGACAUCGAGGAGACGGCUUGUUUUUACAGCCAUAGCUUAAUAACAUACAGUAUUAUAUAUGUAGUUAACGCCAUAAAUGUAACUAAAGUACCCUUAUAAGCUAAUGUACAUAAAAGCGUAGUUAGCCUGCAGUACCUUAUGUUCAUUUUUUAAGGACAGUGGUUAGUGUUUAACUCAACUGGCAUCCCAGUGUCUCUGCUUUAAACUAUAUAUUUUUGUUAAAUUGUAACGCCAUGUUUACCACGUCCUAUAGCAGGGAAAUAUUUAUCUCAGCUUAAUUGAUCAACCUUAAUUUUAUUUUAUUUUAUUUUUUUUAAUUUGUGAAAGGGUCAGACUUGUGCGUUAUUUUCACAAUAGGUGUUGGGUAACCUAGAAAUAAGUGUGGCAUCCCUGAAAUCUAAAGUUGAGCGUUAACGCCCGGCGCCAACUCGGUGUAGGACCUGCACAGAAUCUGCUGGAGAAAUUGCAAUAAACCCCCUGAGAGCAGUAUUAGUUCUGGUCGUGUGUCAGGCCUUCAGUGGGAGCAGUAUGAGUAAGGAACUGUCUCUGAGUCAGUCUGCUCAAUAUGUUGGGCCCUAUCGACUGGAGAAGACUCUGGGGAAGGGACAGACAGGGCUGGUCAAACUCGGCGUCCACUGUAUUACGGGUCAGAAGGUGGCGAUCAAAAUAGUCAACCGCGAGAAGCUGUCUGAGUCAGUCCUGAUGAAGGUUGAGAGGGAGAUUGCCAUCCUGAAACUGAUCGAGCAUCCGCAUGUGUUGAAGCUGCAUGACGUUUACGAGAACAACAAAUAUCUAUACCUGGUGUUGGAGCAUGUGUCUGGAGGAGAGCUCUUUGACUACCUGGUGAAGAAGGGCCGCCUAACGCCCAAAGAGGCCAGGAAGUUCUUCAGGCAGAUCAUCUCUGCCCUGGAUUUCUGCCACAGUCAUUCCAUCUGUCACAGAGACCUGAAGCCGGAGAACUUGCUGCUCGAUGAGAAGAACAACAUUCGUAUCGCUGACUUCGGGAUGGCCUCCCUGCAGGUGGGGGACAGCCUGCUGGAGACCAGCUGUGGGUCGCCACAUUACGCCUGUCCUGAAGUUAUACGGGGGGAGAAGUAUGACGGGAGGAGAGCAGACGUGUGGAGCUGCGGGGUCAUCCUCUUCGCCCUCCUGGUGGGUGCCCUGCCUUUCGACCACGACAACCUACGGCAGCUGCUGGAAAAGGUGAAGAGUGGCGUGUUCCACAUGCCGCACUUCAUCCCGCCGGACUGCCAGUCGCUGCUCAAAGGCAUGAUAGAAGUUAACCCGGAGAAGAGGCUGACGCUAGAGGCCAUCCAGAAACAUUCCUGGUAUCAGGGCGGUCGUAACGAGCCGUGUCCCGAGCAGCCUCCCCCCCGGCGGGUGUGUGUGAGGAGGAUCCUCUCCCUGACCGAGCUGGACCCGGAUGUGUUGGAAAGCAUGCACUCUCUGGGAUGUUUCCGCGACAGAGUCAAGCUGACACGUGAUUUGCAAUGUGAAGAAGAGAACCAGGAGAAGAUGAUCUACUACCUACUGCUGGACAGGAAGGAACGCUACCCGAGCUACGAAGACGAGGACCUGCCUCCACGCAACGACGUUGCAGACCCUCCUCGGAAGCGUGUCGACUCCCCCAUGCUGACGCGUCACGGUCGCUGUCGCCCCGAGAGGAAAAGUCUAGAAGUGCUCAGCGUUACGGAGCAGGGGUCUCCCACCCCACCCCGCAGGGCCCUCGACACGGCCGCACACAGUCAGAGGUCCCGCUCAGUCAGCGGAGCUUCAAGUGGUCUCUCCUCGAGUCCUCUCAGCAGUCCCAGGUCCUACCAGAGCCCCGUCUUCACUUUCAGCCAAUCAGACGUCACCUGCGCCACCGCUUCCCCCCUCACAAAGGAGUCCAAACAGGGAAACGCCACGACUCCUCGUUCAGCCCGCCCUCAUGACAAGCCCAAAGCGCCCCCCAACCCCAAGACCCAGACCCUGCCCACCAAAGGACCCGGCGACCGUCCCCACCUGCAGGCCAUCAAAUCCCUGCCCCUGCACAACCCGUCCUCCCGCUCUCCCUCCCCCUCCCCGCUCCUGUCACCCAUUCCUCGCUUUUUCUUCCCUUCGUCCUCUGUCCUUAAGUCCGUGACUAAGAGUUUCUACCCAAACUCUGCCCACUCUGUGCCACAGGUUACCCCCCAGGGCUCUCCGCUGCCCACACCGCUGGGCACCCCUGUUCACCAUCCCCACCACCCUUCCACCACCCCGCCCUCCUCUUCCUCAUCCUCAUCCUCGUCACGGGCAGAGGGAGGCGGGGGCGUGGGCUCGCUCUCGCUCACCCCUCCCUCCAGCCCAGGAGGGGGUGGUGGCAUGGCGGCCAGCAGCCCCGCCCACUGGAGGACUCGCCUCAACUCUUUCAAGAACAACUUGCUGGGGUCGCCGCGGUUCCACCGCCGUAAGUUACAAGAUCUUUCUCUCCCAGUUCCCACGUCAGAGGACAUGUCCAGUCUGACGCCAGAAUCCAGCCCUGAGCUGGCCAAGAAGUCCUGGUUCGGGAAUUUCAUCGGUUUGGAGAAAGAGGAGCAGAUCUUCGUGGUGAUCCGAGACAAACCCUUGAGUUCUGUCAAAGCCGACAUUGUCCACGCUUUCCUGUCAAUCCCGUCGCUCAGCCACAGCGUCAUCUCCCAGACCAGUUUCCGGGCAGAGUACAAGUCCUCCGGCGGUCCCUCCGUCUUCCAGAAGCCCGUCAAGUUCCAAGUGGACAUUGCCUUCUCCGAGGGCGAGAGGGAGCGGGAAAGGGAGAGGAGCGAGAGGGAGGGGAGGAGGGAAACAGGAAUCUACAGCGUGACCUUCUCCCUCAUAUCAGGCCCGAGUCGCCGGUUCAGACGAGUGGUGGAGACGAUCCAAGCCCAGCUUCUCAGCUCUCAUGAUCAGCCACUGGUGCAAGCCCUUUGUGAUCCCUUCCCAGAUGAGAAGAACAGUCGUCCCCACGGGACCCCCACCCGUCAAAACUCGCGGCGCUCAGAGGGCGGGGGCGACAGGUGCGAGUGGGGCGACCGAGCAGACGGCGGAGGCAUAGGAGGCAGCGGAGGAGUCCUGCAGCGCAGAGGCUCGGCGAAGGAGAGAACCCGCCUCCUGUCCUCCAACGGAACCCAGUCCCAACCGUAGGAUAGAGAGCGAGACGACGCUGCAGGAUGCUUGAGCUGCACCACGAACCAGACAGUAAUAACUCCAUCUCCAAGUAUCCCUGCGAGCUACGAGCCACCCCUUAUUCUUCCUCGACCAAGUUACUGAGAGUGCUUAACUAUAGCGAGGACUGAUCCUUAUUCCCUCCCAUCUUGCAUUUUGUUUGCCAACAUAAUCUUGACGUUCUGGAUCGCCGUUAAUCCGACCAUUAAAAGAGGAACGAGUUUUGAGGAACCACCCUUUAAUUAAAAAAAACAAAAGGAGUCCGAGAAUGAGCAGUUUUGGUAUCCAUCCAUUAAAAAAUGUAGCUUCCCAGAUAAAACAAGAGUUUAGAAGAGCUGAUGUGCA